AUGGUUGUGAUAGAGGCAUUUGACGAUCACGAUAGUACAUUACACACCUGGGGAAGUAAAGUAAGAAAUGUCUCAGAUCACAUAGCCCUUGAGUUUGGUCCAAAAUUCGUGGCCAAUGUUGACCAAAGGCAAAAGAAAUCGGUGGACUCAGUAAAAGAUCUCGUCAGGAGCAAGGGGGCGGACGAGUGGUCACAAGUGACGGCCCAAAUUAAACUGAACAAUUUCAAACAAGAGUCCAUCAGCUGUUUGUCGGAUAUCAUCAAGCACCGGAAAUUCGGCAAGAUGCCAGGUAGCCUGAAGUCCUCCCGUACUCUGUUGCUGUUGCAGAUUAUCCGUUCUAAUAAGCAGUCCUUCAUUGUGCUUGAUUGUCCAGGUCGAGAAAAAUACAUCGAUGGAGUUGAUCAACCAUGGAUCAGCAACCCAGAUAGCAAUAUGACGUCUUUUACAGUUCUCAAAGAACUCUUAUUUAAGAUUUAG